AUGGAGAAACGAAAAUCAAGUGCGGAGAGAGUCAGCGAUUGUACGGUGCGGCGUCCAAGUCCCUCCCCAGCUGCGGCCCGAUCCCGACGGAAGCUAUCCGCUAGUGUCCGAGGCUGGGGAAUGAGAAAGAAGUCUGGCUCCAGCUUGACGACCUACCGCAUACCGUCCGACAGCUUCGUGUCGGGGAAGGAACAUUAUGGGAAGAUGAAUGGAUUUGAACGAGUUUUCGCCGCCGUGGCUGCGUUCAUCCACAAUAAACAGGCCGUGACCAUUGAUGAUGUGGUUGAGCACCUGCGCAAAACGCAGGUAUUGGAGACCGUCCCGUGGACAUGCAACGCGCAGAGGCUCCUCGUUUUUGCAAUUCUUGGCUGGCAGUCUAUGCUAUACCGACCGACGUUCAACACCUGCUCCCUGGACGAACUCGCAGUCCAUCAAUAUGAUAUGCACUCAAACUCGGGCCUGGUAUUUGACGCUCACAAAGUGUCAGUCGAGCUCUCAGACCGCCCCUUGUUUGCCCUUCUAAAAGGGUUUGGCAACCUGCUCCCUGCCCCUUCUCCCAAUACCGCCCAAGUGGCGAGCGAAAACAGCAAAGCUGCAGCAACGUGGCUAGCUUUAGACCCAGCCGAGACAAAUGCGUACCUUCUCCAGACACUUCUCCACGUACAGAUCCGAUGGGUGGACUGCCUAGCGCUGCACCUUGACUACAACAAGUCGGAGCGAACGCUUUCGCUUUUCAUGUAUCCUUCGUUCUGCCUUGCCGCGCUCGAAUCCCACGGAGCCAUAUACGCGUUUGCGAGUACCGAGAAGAAGUCCUUCGAUCCACGUGCGAAUGAACACGAUAUAUCUCAAUUCAUGCGGGAAGUCCUCCUAUCCUAUCGCCUUUUGUUCGGACAGCAUGGCCCUUCAAGGAAGCUCUUCAAACAUACACUCAAGCCGGCGGGUCAAACGCCGGACGAGCUACUGUCUAUCCUUUGUAUGGAGAAGAAUAUCAAUCAAACCUUAGUUCAAAACCUGCCGUUGUAUAUUAGCGCCCAGCAUUUUCCGGUAUUGUCCGAAAGAAUCGAACUCAUUGCAACAGAUCUCAAAACUUGCCGGCCUUCCUCGAUGGGCCAACUUCUUCUGGAUCGACGUGAUAAGCUGCAGUACUGGACUUUUUGGCUUGUUUCCAUACUUGGAGGCAUAAGUAUCGUUCUUAGUUUUAUUCAGGUCGUCCUACAAGGUUUUCAGCUUGCAAAAGGGUGA